GCCGCAGACAGAUGGCGAUGAAAAAGAGUUGUUGAAACGAAGUUGUCAGAGUGUCAAAGUGUCGGAGAAAAAUCGUGAACCAGUGAAAAUUUGAUAUGAUUGAAAAUAUUUAAAAUACUUAGUUACAGUGAAUAUAUUAAGGCUCAUAUAUUACAGCGGUAUUUAAUGAUAUGAGUAAAGUGCAUUAAACCAAUUUUUACGUUAAAACGUAUUGGCUAAUGGGCAAAGUCACUAAGUGAAAAUUUCAGUGAAGCAGCUUAAUUAGCUAUACAAAUCAAUAUUAAAUUAAUAAAAAAAUUAUAAUAAAUACCGUGAAAAAGUGUUGAAAAAAAGUAAUUCACUAUUAUACCGGUAAAAGUCAAUUCGUCGAUUUUCCUACUCGGUGAAAAAUUUGUUAUAAUUAACGAGCGCCGCCCUUAAAUAGUGUACCAAGACAAUAUAACUGGAUUAACAACAAUCAUUUUUGGCAAAUCAGCGUAAUGUUAUUGCAUUAAAAGGCUGGGGCUGUGCGAAAUUGCUUUUGCCAUAAAAACCGAAAAUCGUCUCCGCAAUGAAUGAACUCAAUUGGCAACGAGUCAGACUAACCGAGGGCAACAUUGAAACUAUUUUCACUUAUACUCAGGACGCGAUUCGCCAACGUUGUGAAUAGCAAAGUGCAACAACUGCAAGGCAACUAGUGAGCACCCGUAGGACGUCGCCUCCUCCGCGCUUAGAGGAGCACUGGAAUGUUGGAAUAUCCCCAACGCUUUGCUCGCAAUAUCCCCGAUUCCUCAACGGCGAGUAACGUACCGAUAAAUCAACAACAACAUCAACAUCAACAUCAAUUACAACAUCACAACAAUCAUAAUCAACAAUCAUCACACGUACUAAUAGGCAAUAGUAGUGGUGGUGGCUUAGUCGGUGCCCACUACCACCAACAAUAUCCACCCCAGCCAUAUCCAGCGACACCGGGUUCACCAGCACACCAACAUCGUCACAUACCACAACAACAAGCAAUUGCCGUGGCUGCCUCAUAUCAACCACGUACACAGUCGCAACAGCAACAGCAGCAGCAGCAACAGCAACAACACCAACGCACCCUGUCGACCGCGUCCAGUUGUAGUGCACAGCACAAGAGCGUGACCUUUGGUCAAGUGACGGCAGCGUCCAAUAUCGCCGGUUACGCAGGCGAUUACAGCGGCGGCAGCAGCAGCGGUAACUCCAGUUGCGGUCAACAAUCAAUGGCGGGCAACAUGAAACACGGCAAAUCACAAGAAGACGUUUGCUACGUUGUAGCCAAAUACGAUUAUGCGGCGCAAGGUGCGCAAGAAUUAGAUUUGCGAAAAAAUGAACGCUACUUACUGCUAGACGAUUCGAAGCAUUGGUGGCGCGUGCAAAACAAUCGCAAUCUGUCAGGUUAUGUGCCCAGCAAUUAUGUGAAGAAGGAGAAACCGUCAUUGUUCGAUAGCAUUAAGAAAAAAGUGAAAAAAGGCUCGGGUUCGAAAACUUUACCCAAUUGUUCGCCCUCAAGACAAAUUGAAAGUCCAACAAUGUCACGACGUUUACCACCAGAUCCAGCCGAAGCUAUUGGCACUGCAAUCGUUAAAUAUAAUUAUCAAGCCCAACAGCCAGACGAACUGUCACUGAGCAAAGGCACACGUAUACUCAUACUCGAAAAGUCAAACGAUGGCUGGUGGCGUGGCCAGAGUGGCAAUGCCGUCGGCUGGUUUCCAAGUAAUUACACAACUGAGGAUUGUGAUAAUGACGGUGAAAUACACACAUAUGCCAUGGCGGAGAAUGUGCUCGAUAUUGUGGUCGCGCUCUACAGUUUCUCAUCGAACAAUGACCAAGAGCUGUCAUUUGAGAAAGGCGACAGACUCGAAAUUGUCGAUCGUCCAGCUUCGGAUCCAGAUUGGUAUAAAGCCCGAAAUAACCAAGGUCAAGUCGGUUUAGUUCCACGCAACUAUCUCCAAGAGUUAAACGAUUAUCUAGCUACACCGUUCCGCAAUAAUAGCGGUGGCAAUGGCAACGGCGGUGGCGGCGGCAGCAGUGGCGGUGACUCAAUCGAUCGACGCAAUGACGGUAUGUCAGCGCAAUCGUCACCACCUAUGGCACCGAUGGAGCGUCCAAAUCUCGCUGGGAAAUCUUGGUAUUAUGGCGCUAUUACUCGCAGCCAAUGCGACACAGUAUUGAAUCAGCAUGGACACGAUGGUGAUUUUCUUAUACGCGAUAGUGAGACUAAUAUGGGCGAUUAUUCCGUUUCUCUGAAGGCGCCAGGCCGCAAUAAGCACUUCCGUGUACACGUUGAGAAUAGCAUGUACUGCAUUGGACAACGCAAAUUUCACACACUAGAUCAAUUAGUAGAUCAUUACCAAAGAGCACCGAUUUAUACGAAUAAGCAGGGUGAAAAAUUAUAUUUGGUACGACCGUUACCAAAGGCAAACGGCACGUAAGCAAACUACAUUUGCACGGCAGCAGUUUGGCAUAAAUCUCGUUAUGCCAACACCAUUACAUUCAUCAAGAAGAAAAAGAAAACUCAAGCAACUAUAUAAAUACACACAACUCAUAUACAUCAUCUAUACAAAUAUUCAUCGAUACUAAGCCACUACAGGAAGUUGGCUGCUGCUAACAGCUGCUACUACCCGACUGCGGCGGUAUCACCAACAAAUCUAGAUAUUAUUAUAUAAUUUUACUGAUAUACAUAAAUGUAAUAAAAAAAGAAAAUACGAUAUUACUUACUGAUAACGAUUAAUGUGUAAAUGAAAAGCUACAGCAAGCGCUAAAACGAAGUAAGCAAAUUCCAAAACAAAAACCACAAACAACAAAAUAUGCUAACAAUUAGAAAGAGAUGAAUAUCGUCAAAUUAUCACAAUUUAAUGCGAAACCUUUGCUAUUUUAAAAACUAUAAAGAGCAAAUUAACGUAGAAGCGACUACCAAAAAACGAAAAAACUUAAAUUUAUAUAUAUAUAUAUAUAUAUACAUAAAUAUAUAUAUAUUGCAUAAACUUAUGAAUCAAUUAAUGGAUAAAAAAUACAUAUAUAUAUAUACAACAAACAAUAAAUGAGCGUAAACCACUGGCACUUGCAUAGUAUUGUAUUAUAUAAUUUAGUUGUUUAAACAUUAACAUAAUUAUUAAUUUAGAUUAUUUGUGCUUCUUCAACUCGACGAAAUGAAGACAGUUUUGAAGAAGGCAAGCACGGAAAAAAGCGGGUUAAUUCGAUUUAAGUUGCUAACAAUUUUCAAGUAGCCAGCAUUUUCGACAACAUUUGUUGGAGCACUUGCAAAAUGCGUACGCAAGCGCACUGAAAUCUCAUUGUUUAUUGCAAACAUAUUUAUAUAGUUAUUUAUAUAAGAUUUGGUAGAAGUGUUUAAUUUUAAAUAACAGUUAGGUUUUUUACAAUAUAUACGAGAGAACAAAACUUUUGGUUGUUGCUGGCAUUAUUUUAGAUAGAUAUGAAACGCAAAAUUAGCGCUUAAUUGACUUAAGUAAAUGCUGCACAAUUUUCAAAUUUAUUGCCGUAUCUAAUUUGAGAGCAAUUUUUUAAGCGCGAAAUUUGUUGUAAAUAAUUAAAUUAGUGAAAAAUAAAAUUUGGCGUAAUAUUUUCGAAAAAUAAAUUGAAAAGAAAUUAAGUAGCAUUUAACUAAAUUCUAUCAAGGAAUUUAUUAUGAAAUGCAUACUUGCCGAUUUUCUUAAAAUUUUUUAAAAUACUCAACGUAUUGCUUACUUUGUUUAUUUUUAUAAAAGAUAACUGCUUGUAAUUUAGACGAAUGCAAAUUUUCAAAUUUUUUAAGUUAUAUGUAUGUAUAUUGGAGGAAAAUUCGAAAAAUCAAUUUUGGUUGAUAACACUGUACAAAACUCGGCUGGGUAUUGAACCAAAUUAAGUUUUUUCAAAAGAGUCAGUCAUAAGUAAUUUAUUGCUAAUUGCAGGAUAUAACUACUAAAAAAUCCACAAUAUAGAGAAAAGCUAAAUUUUAUUCUUAAAUCAAUGAUAUAUAAAACUUUUUCGUCUAGCUUAUAUGACAGAUAUUAUAAGGGGUAUUUUUCGAUAAAUAUUUUUUUAUUUUUUUCGAAGAUCUAACUUUGACCUUUCAUAACCUCUAACAUAUAAGCUUCACAGAAAAAUUGUAUACAACAUUGAAUAAAGAGGUAAAUGCAGAUUAUAAACAUAUUAUGGAUCUAUAUUCAGUAAUUAAUAAUAUUUUUUUUUAAAGUCCUUUUUUCGAAGUUCGAAUUCAAAAAAAUCGAUUUUGGCGACUAACUCCGAAAAUGGAAGAAUAUAAUGUACAUACUUAUGGCUCAAUCUCCUGAAAAAAUGUAGUUUGGUCCAAUACCCAGGAAAAAAGUCGAUUUUGUCGUACAGUGUAAACUCUGUUUGUUUUUGCAGUUUGUAUACCACUUUUAUGAAUGUAGGGUCUGGAAAUAUUUUUUGUAAAUUUUCUAUGAAUUGUUUAUAUGCGUUUGAACUCAUUUGUAGCAGUAGAUAUAAAGGCUUUUAUACUAAAGAAUGUUGAAACAUUCAAACGUUUAUUGGAUCAAAGUCAGCAGAAGGGCUCAUAGAUACAUAUUUUUAAUUUGGUGAGAAUUAUUCAAAAAUCUUUUAUAAUAUUCUGACUAUUCUAACCUAUAUAUUUUGAGACAAGAUUGCCUAAUUUCCUUUUUUCCAUGUAUAAAAAUGAAAAAAAAAAUUGCGCCAUUUACUACGUUUGCUGAAAAUUUAUUAGUAUUUUCGACACGCUCUCGCUGGUUUAGUGCAGUCCAACUUAACAAAAUGUGAAUAUAAUUUAGUGAAUUUGAAUUUAAACUAGCUUUUAAUACGAUUUUCACUACAUAGUAAUGUAUGGUAUGCUUUGAAUGCAAUUGUAAAAUAAUAUAAGCAGAUAAUACACAGUAAAAGCUUUUUUAAGGCAGGUCUGAUAUGAAGUCAUAAAAUGUCACAAAUAUAAUUAGCAUAUACCGUAAUUAAAAAAAGACAAAAAAUCAUGCCACAUGAGAACGUAACGAAAUAAUAAAUGUAUGAGGCCAGAGACUUUGCAAAAAUGUGCUAAGAAAUUUAAUACAAAAAAAAAAACGGAGAAACGAUUUUGAAGUGUUUGUGUUUAUGCUGUUACGAAAUUAUGUAACUUUUGAGUUGUGCAACUAAAAAAAAAUACUUUCGCAAAAAAACCAAUUUCAAAAACUAAAUUAGCUUUUUAGUGAACAUUUAAUAAAGCGAAACCGGCGUACUCACAAACCGCACACUUCAACUUCGUACAGCUUGCACAGACAUACUAGUGUGUUUGUAAGCUAUAUAAAGUAAAAUAAAAACAAAAAAUAGUAAUACUUUAUACAUACAUACACUAUAAAAAAUAUUAAAAUAUGUAUACUAUACUAUGCAAAAAUAUAUGUACGAAUUUUCAUUACUAUAUACAUAUAAAAAUUAUUCGAAAACUUGAAUUGGUGAUGAUUACAAAUGCAUAUACACGUACAUAAAAUAUACAAAAACACUAAAAAUAUAAAAUAAACAUAUUUUAAAUAAAACAGCGUAAUGUAGGCAAGUAAAAUAUAAUGUUUAUAUACACAUACAUACAUACUUAUGUACUCGUAUAGUAUGUGUGUUAAAGGCAUUCGUGGUCUCAUGCACCUCAUGUACUCUCGUAUGUUUGUAGCCGCUCAGCGCUGUAGUCAACUAUUUAGCACUAAAAGCAACUAUAUAACGGAGCGCCAAAACCCGCUUCUACCUACCUUACAACGGUAAACACUUUCGAACCAGCCCAGCUGCUUCCUUUUUAUUAUUAAAUGUAUUAAAUUAUUAUAUUAUAAAUAUAAAUAUUAUAUAAGUAAUACGACAUAAAAAAAAAACAGUAAUAUUCUAAAAGUCCCACUUGCGAAUAUAAAUAGUUUAAUUCUUAACUUUUUAAAUUUAUAAUAUUUGAAGAAAAAAACUAAAAAUAAUUAUAAGACAGCUAAAUGAAUGCAGACAACCACUGCUGUGCUGCUAUGUAGUAUGCAAAAUGUGCAGGAGUUAUGAGUUUCAAUGAUAAAUGACGAAUAUUUAGAUGAAAUAAUAUUAAUUAGCUGCGUAUUUUAAAAGUAAAGUAAUUUUUUAAUUUGUUUUAGUUUUUCACUGUGUUCAAAACGGAGUACAUAGUCAUUAUUGUUUGUAUGCUAAAACUUAAAUGCAUACAAAGCAAGUUAUUUAUGUUCGUAAUUUUAAGUUUUUUGUUUUUUUUUUUAUUAAAAUAUAAAGAAAUUGUACAGUUUUGUUUUUGUUUUUGUAUUUAAAUAUAAAACUAUUUUUUAUACCAAUGUCUUUUCAAGCGUAAUCUCUACUAGAUGUUAAUGGCCAAGCGCUAUGCUUCCAUUUCUUAAGCAUAUCUCAUUCUUGAACAAAAUAUUAGGCGAAUCAUAAAUGUACUGCGCUCAUGAUAAUAUGAACAUUUCGUUUCGAACAAAUAUUCAUAUAUUAAACACAAGCGCUCAACCGACUGUAGCUAGAGUAAACGUGCCGCAAGCAGUAUAUUACAGCCGUUUAGCAAAUUUCCAACAUUCACUGAGCGCUGUACUUGAUUGAAUGACAUGCUUAGCUAUUGCUUUCUCUAUAUACUAUACUAUAACUAAUAAAAUAUUAUUUUAUACUUUUAUGUAAGUAUUGUAAAAAAAACGUUUUUUAUUUGUUAAAUGAAAAUGAGUAAGCGAAUGUAAAAGAAAAUAAAUAUAAAUGAAUAUACAAUUAAUAUAUAAUAAAUAAUUAUUAAAUGACACAGUAAACCGAAUUAGUACCAUGUGUAGUUGUAUCUUUUUUCUACUUAUUUAAUAUGCGCAAUUUUUUACUAUUGAAUAAUGAAUGGAAAACAUGAAAACUAUAAUAACAAAAAAAAAACACAAAACAAAAAAAACAGCAUACAAACACGCGUGUGCAGUAGAAGAUAUCGUGUGCAAGUUGAGUAAAUAAAUGCAGCAAGGUGAAGCGCAAAAAUGCUACUAAAGAUAUUAAAAGAGAAAAUAAAUGAAAUGAGUGAACAAACUAGUAAUUAAACCGAAAUGGAAAUACGAAUAAUAAAAAUGCAAAUACAUAUGGAAAUAAUUGAAAAAUA